AUGAAUAACGUUGCAAACAUUUUACAUGCACCAAUGAAUGGAAUGUGGCUUCUUGCUGAAUUGUGCGAAAUAUCAUAUUCUUGCCGCAUGAUAGACAGAAAUUCAACGUCAUCAUAUUGGGUGCAUGUGAAAUUGAAACCUCCGCAUGCAGUUUGUCCAUGUAAGCCAUUCAUUGAUCCGGCAGAUUCACAGUAUUUUCCUAAGAUUCUCAUGAAAUCAGAAGAAGAUGAAAUUUUGGAUCAAUUCGAAGCAAAAGAAAGAACCACUAACAAAUUAAGCGAAGACAAUGAUGGUAUAAAGUCAGCACCUACACGUAAAAGUAAAGUGAAAUUGAGCCUGGGCGAUCGAUUCGUUAUACAUCGGAAAGGUGAUCUUUACAUUGUGGAUGAAGUAAUGGCUCGUCCUGACAAAAAGUAUAUCGAAGAGCCAAUAGAUUCAUCCAAAUGGCCUAUCGACCAUUCGAAAUUGCAGUCACCCCUUAUGCAAUUAAUAGUUGCUGCAGCAUAUACAACGGGAGUGGUCACUACGAAUGAUUCGGUUUUAACUGAUAUACUUUUAAUUGGUCUUGGUGGUGGUUCAAUUAAUAAUUAUCUUCGAUAUACGAGAAAUAAUGUUAACAUUACUGUUGUUGAACUUUAUGAAGAUACUGUUCAAAUAGCAAAGAAAUACUUUGGCUUAGUGGAGGAUGAAAGACAAAGAUGCACUGUUGAUGAUGGUGCUAAAUUUAUCAAAAAAUGCACUGAAGAAGGAACAAAAUUCAAUGUCAUCAUAUUGGAUGCCUGCACAACAGAGCCGAAUACUGGGAUUUGUCCUUGUAAACCUUUCUAUAAUCUUUCUGUGGCACAAUUUUUUUCAAAAGCUUUGAAGAAAUCGGGUGUUCUAUUCAUAAAUUAUUUGUCGCUUGGAGAAAGAGAAAAGUUACCUUUGAAAACAUAUAUAAUAUGCGUAAAUACUGAUCGUCAAGUAAAUUAUAUCAAUAGCAACAAAUUUCAUGAUGAUAUGUCGAAAUAUUGGAAAAAGCUCAAUUUUCCGGGUGAAUAUUGGUUGGAUUUUUAA